GAGCUAAUACGUAUAGUCGAGCAGUGAGGUUACACUGUGGAUUAGACAAACAUCAUUGAAAAGUUAAAAUUGGUUAAAUAUUUGCGCGAGUUUUUGCAGGGAUGAUUAUUGACUAUUGAGAGAUUGAAGCUAUUCAAGAAUGAACGAUGGAUUGGCUUCAUUGUAAUCACUGUAAUUCAUGAAGUGACAGUACUGGUAGUACUUUUCAAAAUUCACUGCUAGUCUUGAUGGCCCAUACUUUUCAUUGGAGUAAAAAGAGAGUUAAACGAUGCAACAGAUAACUACAGAAAAAAUGAUUUCUACAAUAUUAACAGUGAAUUUCGGAAAGUAACCUGAGAUUUAAUGGUAAUUGUGUCUCAUUUCUUGAAAAGGCAGUACUGCUGUAUUUGCAAUACACUUAUUAAUGUUUUUUACACAUAAAAAUAUAAUGUUCAACUAAGAGAUAUUUCUUAAUGUUUAAAAUAUGCAGAUUAACGAAAUGAUAACGUGGAAAGCUGUACCUUACGGGAAAAUGUGUGGCCAUGGUCAACCUCGCACACGUUGAUCGCUGUUCGAUCUGUUUAUACAGAAUGUGAAUAUUAAGAAGUGGGAAAAUGUUUGUCAGGGAUCCCUGUGGAAUUGUCUGCAUUAUUGUGACAUACGUCGCGGUAUUUUAUGCGGACUAUGUCGUGAUACGAUGGAUUAUCUUGCACACAAUGCAAGACAGUUUAUGGGGUCCCUUUCAUGUUGUAAUAUUCAAUACAGUAAUACUGUUAUUGAUGAUGUCGCACCUAAAGGCAGUAUGUAGUGAUCCAGGAGUAGUUCCACUUCCCCAGACAAGAAUGGAUUUCUCAGAUAUACAUACAGGCAGUUCUAGUGUAGGCGACGAUUGUGAUGAAACAGAUGAUUGGACUGUUUGUACCAGAUGCGAAACUUACAGACCUCCUAGAGCGCAUCAUUGCAGAAUUUGUAAGCGAUGUAUUCGAAGAAUGGACCAUCAUUGCCCAUGGAUAAAUAAUUGUGUCGGUGAACGGAAUCAAAAAUAUUUUAUACAAUUUCUUGUAUAUGUUGGUUUGUUGGCUUUAUAUGCUAUAAUAUUGGUGACCAUAUCAUGGAUUUUAGACUGCCCAGAGUGCAGUAAUGAUGUUACUGUAAAACAGAGUCGGAUAUUGCAUUGCGUCAUACUGGUGUUGGAAUCUACCUUAUUUGGAAUGUUUGUUAUAGCAAUCUUAGUCGAUCAAUUUCAAGCAAUUCUUUGUGAUGAAACUGCUGUGGAACGAGUACAAGGCAAUCAUCAUUUUAACCACAAUAAGACUACUCCACAUACUCUUACGCUUCUCUCCCAAGUUUGUGGGAAGAGCCAUCCAGGAUUAUGGUUAUUUCCAUGUCACAAUCCACCACGAUAUUCAUAUAGAAGGGAUGCACAUUUAAUUGAUCAUCAAGUUUGAAUAGGCUAAAUUUAAGUAAACUGUGGUACACAAGUAUAUAUUGAGGCCGAAGAAUAGUGUUAAAAUAAAUCAGUUUUCAGUUCGACUAUCUAUAAAGGCCAUCAGAAAUGAAUAUGUGUCGGUACGCUUUCCCAUUAUAAUAGUAUUACCACUCACAGUUAACACUAGACAACCAAAUCCAUAAGAAUGACGGAUUUCAGAUUUGUUUUAAAUUACAGAAAUUAUUAAAGUGCUUUUCGAAUUAAUGUUGAUUUUUGUCGAGAUAAAAGAAUUAAUGUAUAUGCCAAUAUAAUUUCGAAGUUCAGUAUAUGUGGUACCUCGUAGUUUCGAAGUUCAGUAUACAGGGUGCGGCGUUUAUCCUGGCCACCUGGAAUAUCUCAAAAAUUAAAGUCCGUUGUUGGAUCAGCCCCUCCUUACCUUAAACUUUUUAUUUGAAACAUUUUUUUCUCCGGACUUUAGUUUCUGCGAUAUUCCAGGUAGCCAGGAUAACCGCCGCACGCUGUAUAUGGUACCUCAAUAUAGCAAUAACCUAAUGUUAAUAAAAGGCAACCUAUAAGUCUGCAGAUAUAAAAUGCUAAUUGAGUUGAACAAAAAACUAUAAAGUUACUUAUACUUUUUGCGAUAAUGCUACUAGCAAAUCUUUAAACUCCAGAUUAUGAGGCUUAAGUAGGACACUUCCUGGUAAUUAUUUAUAUUACAAUAAUUAUUCAUUUUAGAAAACACAUAUUCUGUAGGGCUUUUUAGAAUUAAUUGUAAUAAUACUGCAUUCCAUUGAUAUUUCCAUAUUUUAUGUAAUGACAAAUGAGUCAAACAUUGUAAAAGCUAAAUAAUCCAUUAAAACGUACAGACUGAAAUUAUAUUUGGAUAAAAAAGGCAUUUAUCUUUUUUGAGUCAUAUGUAAUAAUUACAGAAUGUCUUAUCUAAGCAAUCUGCAAGAUCUUGCUAUUGGACUAUGUCGCUUGCAUAAAAUCUGCAAUUUGCAGUAUAAUUAUAAGAUUAAAACAAAAUUGGCAAAAGUAAAUAUUUAAUUGAGAGGUAUCAAGGUGAAUUACAUAACAAAUAUUAUUUAUUCGCACAGUUUUCAAAUCUUUUAAUGAAAUGAUACUAAACUUAUGAUCACAAUAAUUAAUUUAGUAUUUGUAAUGACUAUUUUCCUGGGCCGAAAUACGAAAAAUCUUAUACUUAUUUGUUUAUUUAUGUAAAUAUAUGAUUCCCAAUCUUAUUUAUUCAUACUGAUCGAUUAAGCAAUUUUCAUAACAUUUAUAAAUUAUAUAUUUUAAUAGCUCAGUAUUAUUUUGUAUAUUAUGAUUGGAGUUUUAUCAAGCAUUGACAAUGCUAUGUAUAUUUGUAUUUUCAUACACAAAGCUUUAACAAAAUUUAAAAAGGAAAACGUGUUUUUCAGCUCAUGGAUUUAUAAUGCAUCUAACCGUUUUGUGUUUUGUGUUAUAUAGAUGAAUUCAGUAUUAUGCAUUUAAUUUUUUUAUAAUAUAAUAGUAGCAAAACUGUUAAGCUAGAGUAACUCCGUUCUCAGUAAUAUUUAUAUGUAUAAAUCUUUGAAAUCUAGAAAAAAAAAUUCGCUGUGUUCAACAGAAAUACCGCUGAGUGAGCAAAUACGCUUGGUUGGUCAAAUAUCACACUAUUGCAAGAUUAACGAUUGAAUGACCAAUCAAACGUAUUUUCUAAGUUUCUAGAACUAAAAACGAACUCAUAUGAUGAACAUAUUUAAGGUGGUUGGAUGACUAGGAUUCCGAGUGAUUCCAAGAUAGAAUUACAAAUUUUAUAAAUGUUUUACACAAUAGUAUCAAUUUGAGCUUUGCAGUUUUUGAGAUAUACAAAGUAAAAACGGUCUUAUCUUACUAUAUGAAUACAAUACUGUAUCCUUAAAUACAAACAAUUUUUUGAUUUGACAUUUUUAUUUA